UAGCAUGGGAAAAAAAAAAAAAAAAAAAAAAAAACGACUGUAGCUGGCAAUUACAGAAGCCAAGCUAGUGGCUCUGCGCUGCUGAGUUUUCUGAGGGUCAGAACGUAACUUGCCUGCAAGUGAAUUCAGAUCAAAGCCUCACUGGGGUGGGGGUGGAAGGACCUGGAGCGAGUGGGGGUGGGGGUAGUCACAAAAGGUAAAGUAGGGAGGAACACAUGCGCACUUUUCACAAUGGGGCAGAGGAGUGCUCUCUGGCGAGGGAAAGUGGUACCCACACAAUCCUACUAUCUGAAGCCGGUUCCCUGGAAUUCAAAAACCGUUCUCCGGAACACCUGGACAGGGUGGAGUGUCUAUGGUUCAUCCUUGCGUCACACACCCUCUGCUUUCUCCCUUUCGUCAUUUCAGCAGUCCAUCUAUCUCUACCUGGCCUCUGGGCUCCUUCCCCUCACGCUCCUUCACUGCUAGUACUAUCAGCUUGCCCUCGGUUAGUGUCUGCUUUUGCCUAUUUUAUAUCUUUGCCUAAAUUAAGUGUGUCCCUCCAUUCCCACGACCCGAUGCCCAGACGCCAUUCUCCAUAAGGAAAGCUCCUGCAGCGCCACGCAGGAUCUCAGGACCUUUUCUGGGAGGGGCGCAGAACCCAAGCUCACAGCCUGGCACCAGAAAAGGCCAACUUCGGGGCUCCAAAGCACUCCCCAGCAGCUGGUUCUUUUAAGGCCCUGGGAUCUAAUGUCAGGGGGCCCGCCGCCCUCCAGCACCGACGUGUCUCAUUUCCCGUGCAGCGCUGAGAGAGACCGUGGGUGGAAAAUCCGCUGCAACUCGCGGGCCACCGGGCUGGGGGCGCCGUCACUUGUUGCGACCAAUGAACGGUGCUCAGUGCUGGAGCGUUGUUUCUAAUACCGUCUUUAGCUGUGCAGGGGAUCCCCCAGCACGCACCCCGCUGCUCUGCCACUGUGGGAAGGGAGGAGGUGCCGCGCCCGGAGAGCCGACCCCGGUGGGCGCUGGAUGCCCCAGGGAAGCAGGCUCCACCCGCCCCGCGGCAGCCGCCUCAGCAGGUCCAGUCCGCACUCCGCAGAGCAUCCUUCUGACCCAGGAACCACACGGGACACAGCUCAUCAGGGAUCCUCACCUACUUCCAAGUCGCGGUCUCUAGGAUUCCCGCCACUCCUCUCACACCCGUCCCCCACCCCUGCCACUUUUCGGAGUCCCCCGCCCCCGCCUCCCGGCAUCUGCGGGGCAGUCGCACGCGGAGCUGCUGAGCCGGGAGGACGCCCGGCUGGAGCUGCCCUCCGCAGCCCAGCCCGCACUCCCUGCCCUUCGCUUCGUCCCGCCGCCCGGCCCGCGCCCCCGCUGCCCUCGCUCUGCGCCUCCCCGCCGACCUCCUGCGAGUCUCGAGCUCCGCCACGGCGGGGUACGGCGGGGCCGGCGCGAUGCGGCAGCUGUGCCGGGGCCGCGUGCUGGGCAUCUCGGUGGCGAUCGCGCACGGGGUCUUUUCUGGCUCCCUCAACAUCCUGCUCAAGUUCCUCAUCAGCCGCUACCAGUUCUCCUUCCUGACCCUGGUGCAGUGCCUGACCAGCUCCACCGCCGCGCUGAGCCUGGAGCUGCUGCGGCGCCUGGGGCUCAUUGCCGUGCCCCCCUUCGGCCUGAGCCUAGCUCGCUCCUUCGCUGGGGUUGCCGUGCUCUCCACGCUGCAGUCCAGUCUCACUCUCUGGUCGCUGCGCGGCCUCAGCCUGCCCAUGUACGUAGUCUUCAAGCGCUGCCUGCCCCUAGUCACCAUGCUCAUCGGUGUGCUGGUGCUCAAGAACGGCGCGCCCUCGCCCGGAGUGCUAGCGGCCGUGCUCAUCACCACCUGCGGCGCCGCCCUGGCAGCCCCUUCCUCAGGAGGGAUGGAGAGUCGCCAGCGCAGAGAACUGGAGUCCAGCCCUGCACUGAGCCGGAAGGAAGGGGGCCGGGAACUUCCUCGGAUCACGCGGGGUUGGGGAGCUGGAGAGACGGGAGUGAAGCCUGAGCAACCUGGGCUCAGUACCCGGGCCCUAGGCAAAAGGAACCGCCCCGGGGCUCAAGGGCAGGAGGGGCGGGGAGGACCCCCGGGGAAUCCAGCUGCGGGCAGAGGGGAAACACUCUUUCCGGGGCCGUGCCCGCACUCGGUUGAGGCCGCUAGCUGGGGUUCCCUGUCCCUUCCGGUGCCCACGGGGCGGGAACCACCCUCCCAGGUGGCCUCCGUGCAGGCUUCAGGGACCCCAAGGAGCCUACCCAGAGAGCAUCUGAUCUCCCCCUGGCCUUCGCCCUGGCUAGAGGAAGACCGGGUACAUUAGCUCGGCUUGACGGUCGCAUUUUGACACAGAGAUGGAGGAGCUGGCGACCUGACGGGCGACCCCAUUGGGUACGUAACGGGCGUGCUGGCUGUAUUGGUGCACGCAGCCUACCUGGUGCUGAUCCAGAAGGCGAGCGCGGACACGGAGCACGGGCCUCUCACCGCACAGUAUGUGAUCGCCGUCUCCGCCACCCCUCUGCUGGUCAUCUGCUCUUUCGCCAGCACCGACUCCAUCCACGCCUGGACCUUUCCAGGCUGGAAGGACCCGGCCAUGGUUUCCAUAUUCGUGGCCUGUAUCCUGAUCGGCUGUGCCAUGAACUUCACCACACUGCACUGUACCUACAUCAACUCUGCUGUGACCACCAGCUUCGUGGGCGUGGUGAAGAGCAUCGCCACUAUCACGGUGGGCAUGGUGGCGUUCAGCGACGUGGAGCCCACCUCUCUAUUCAUUGCUGGCGUUGUGGUGAACACCCUGGGCUCCAUCAUUUAUUGUGUGGCCAAAUUCUUGGAGACCAGAAGGCAAAGCAACUAUGAAGAUCUGGAAUCGCAGGCAGAGGGAGAGGAGCGACAGCCAAGUGGGGACCAGUUGCCUUUCGUUAUGGAGGAGCUGCCCGCCAAGAGCGGAAAUAGCGAGCCAGAGAGUGCGGAGGGGGCAGGUGACUCCGUGCAGCAAGGUGGGCAAGAGUCAAGGGGCAGCAUCAGAGGGAUUUCACUGGCGGCUAGGAGUUCAAGAGCAGAAGGGCAUUCUGAUGAGGUGGGAAGGAGGUCCUUAAAGGACACUUACUUAGAAGUGUGGAGACUAGUUAGGGGAACUAAGUACAUGAAGAAGGAUUAUUUGAUGGAAAACGAGGCAUUACCCAGUCCUUGAAAAAGACAUGCAUGUAUGUACAUAUUACAUACAGCCGUUUUAUGUGGCAGAAAUAACGUCUAAGGAAGGGCCUCCAGUUUUAUUCUGAGGGGUGGGGGUUAGAGAUGCAAGAGCUGAAAGGGACCGACAGAGACAAAUUAGCACCUAUUUAUUAUUUAUUAAUAAUAGUGGGACUUUGCCUGAGGUGCCACAGAAAGAAGAGACCUGUGCAGGUGCUUAACCAAAUCAAAAGCGACUUCAGCUUCAGACUCCUGGACAUUCAUUUUUUUUUUUGUCUUUAUAAUCAUAACCAAAUAUCUGCAUGUACCAAGAGUCCCUCAGCCACCCCUUCCAAAGAUGGCUUGUAGUAAUGAUGGUAUCACUUAGUAAGUUCAAAGGUCACAUUCAGGGGCACAUUUCUGAUGACAGAACUAGUUUUUAUUGCCUGUUAGGCAAAGAGUAUAUUGUUGAAAUGACGUUUAUAAAUACACUGAAUUGUUUACUCUUCGGGUCAUCUGCAAUAUUGUGUUUACUCGUAUUUUUCUUCCUUCUUUUUUAAAAAAUGGGUAUUCUAUUAUAUAUUGAUAGGAAAUGUUGAAGCUAUUUUGAAGACAUGGGUUCCUAGCUUUGAUUAUGAAGUCUAAAGUUUGUUCUUUGUAAUUAUAUAUGUUAAAGGCUGUUUGGGUCCCUUGCUUUAUAAUAUUUAUUACUGAAUGCUAUAACCUUUAAAAAACCCAUUUUCCCAUGUAAUACUCUUUCGAGGAAAUGCAGUGACUGGAUUAUAUUUAGUGUUGACUGUAAAACAGCCAGAGGGAAACAGACCACCUUGGUCUGCACUGCACACCCCAAAACUCUGUUACAAAAAGAGCCACUGCUAUAUUCGCAUUACGAUAUUUUUCUAUCUUAUAUUUGUCAAAAAAUAAAGUGUGAGUCUAUCUGUAAAGA